CUGACCUUGAGUCUCCUUCCAGGAUCGACAAGACCAUGCUGGCAAGCCUGAAGGUCAAGAAGCAGGAGCUGGCCAACAGCUCAGAUGUGACUCUCCCAGACCGGUCUCUGUCCCCUCCUCUCACUGCACCUCCCACCAUGAAGUCGGCGGAGUUCUUCGAGAUGUUGGAGAAAAUGCAGGGGAUCAAGCUUGAAGAGCAGAAGCCGGGACCCCCGAAGAACAAGGAUGACUAUAUCCCGUACCCCAGCAUUGACGAGAUUGUGGGGAAGGGAGGCCCAUAUCCCCUGGUCGUCCUGCCCCAGUUUGGGGGCUACUGGAUCGAGGACCCAGAGAACGUGGGCACGCCGACCUCCCUGGGCAGCAGCGUCUGCGAGGAGGAGGAUGAAGACAGCCUCAGCCCCAGCACCUUCGGCUACAAGCUCGAGUGCAAGAGUGAAGCCAGGGCCUACCGCAGGCACUUCCUAGGGCAGGAUCAUCUAAACUUUUACUGCACCGGCAGCAGUUUGGGGAACCUGCUCCUGUCCAUCAAGUGCGAGGAGGCGGAGGGCAUUGAGUACCUUCGGAUUAUUCUCAGGUCCAAAGUGAAGACAGUGCAUGAACGGAUCCCCUUGGCAGGUCUGAGCAAGCUGCCCAGCAUCCCUCAGAUUGCGAAGGCUUUCUGUGAUGAUGCAGUGGGACUGAAAUUCAGCCCUGUCCUGUACCCCAAGGCCUCCCAAAUGAUUGUGUCCUAUGAUGAGCAUGAUGUCAAGAACACUUUCAAAUUUGGAGUCAUUUAUCAGAAAGCCAGGCAGACCCUGGAGGAGGAGCUGUUUGGGAACAAUGAGGAGAGCCCAGCUUUCAAGGAGUUUUUGGAACUGCUGGGGGACACGAUCACCCUGCAGGACUUUAAAGGUUUCCGAGGAGGCCUGGAUGUGACCCACGGACAGACGGGGGCGGAGUCAGUGUACACGAUAUUUCGGGACAGGGAGAUCAUGUUUCACGUCUCCACAAAGCUGCCCUUUACCGAGGGAGACGCCCAGCAGCUCCAGAGAAAGAGACACAUUGGCAAUGACAUUGUGGCCAUCAUCUUCCAAGAAGAAAACACACCGUUUGUCCCAGACAUGAUUGCCUCCAACUUUUUACAUGCCUACAUCGUAGUGCAGGCUGAGAGCCCGGGCACGGAGACCCCGAACUACAAGGUCUCGGUCACUGCGCGGGAAGAUGUGCCUGCCUUCGGUCCACCUCUGCCCAGCCCUCCUGUUUUCCAGAAGGGCCCGGAGUUCAGGGAGUUUCUGCUCACCAAGCUCACCAAUGCAGAGAAUGCUUGCUGCAAGUCGGACAAGUUUGCAAAGCUGGAGGACCGGACGAGGGCUGCCCUCUUGGAUAACCUUCAUGAUGAGCUUCAUGCACGCACACAGGCCAUGCUGGGACUGGGCCCAGAAGAGGACAAGUUUGAGAAUGGGGGCCAUGGGGGAUUCCUGGAGUCUUUUAAGAGGGCCAUCCGCGUGCGCAGCCACUCCAUGGAGACUAUGGUGAGCAGCCAGAAGAAGCCGCAUGGCGGGGGUCUCCCCGGCAGCCUCAGCGGGGGCAUCUCCCACAACAGCACGGAGGUCACCAAGACCACCUUCUCGCCUCCAGUGGCAGUGGCGACUGCAAAGAACCAAUCACGGAGCCCCAUCAAGCGGCGGUCAGGCCUUUUCCCCCGUCUGCACACCGGCUCCGAAGGCCAAGGGGACAGCCGGACACGAUGUGACAGUGCAUCCAACAACCCCAAGGCUCUGGAUGGCGGGCACUCUUCUCAGGAGAUAAAGUCUGAGACCUCGUCCAAUCCCAGCUCUCCAGAAAUCUGCCCCAAUAAGGAGAAGUCCUUCAUAAAGUUGAAGGAGAACGGCCGUGCCAACAUCUCCCGCUCUUCCUCCAGUACCAGCAGCUUCAGCAGCACGGCAGGGGAGGGCGAGGCCUUGGAGGAGUGCGACAGUGGGAGCAGCCAGCCGUCCACCACCUCUCCCUUCAAGCAGGAGGUGUUUGUCUACAGCCCGUCCCCCAGCAGCGAGAGUCCCAGCCUGGGGACAGUCACCACUCCCAUCAUCAUGAGCCGGAGUCCUACAGAUGCCAAAAGCAGAAAUUCCCCGAGGUCAAACCUGAAAUUCCGCUUUGACAAGCUCAGCCACGGGAGCUCCAGCUCGGGAAGCCCCGAUUCUGUCUCGGAGAAGGCUCCUGUCCUAGCAGUUUGGGGGUGCCAUUCACUACUAUGACUGUCACAGGCCUGUUGCCCUGCCUGCCCACCAGACCAGCUGUCUCUCCCAGUGUCCAGACCUGGCCACAGUGGCCCACCCCUUUGCCAGGACACCCUGCCAACGCCUCCCCUUCUCUGGACAAAGCCUCAUUCCUCCAGUCUCCCCUGCUUCUGACCACCCCCUGUGCCGUGUAUCUGGGGCAUUUGUUGUCUUGUUUUUGCCUGCAGAGGCAAGUGUUGGGCAAGGGGGAACCUGGGUACUGGGGCCUUGGAGAGGCAGAGAGCACAGAGGGGUGGGGAGCGCAGGCCCACAGCAGGGCUGUGUCCUGGGCGCAGCAGGCACAGUGAGUGCGUUCUUGCUGGUGGAGGGCGCACUCUUCCAGGAGCCCAUUUGUAGCCCCUCGGAGAUGUCCCAAUAGAAGUGGGCUCUGUUGCUCUCACGCCUCUGGAGCUCCCAGUGUCUGCUUGCUUCCCUGCCAGUCCCCCUCCUGCCGCCACAGGCCCAGGGCUGCCUCUGUCCCUGCUGCCAGCGCACGGCCAGGUGUGUAUGGGAGCGGGCACCACGCCCGUCCUCUUGGCUGAUUUCACGCAGGCUCCUGAUGGCGGCUGCUGGGGGAGAAGCCCUUUGUCGGUUGCUCCCCUCUGAGUGCGUAUUUGUCCCAUGAAGGGGAGGGCAGCCAGGACAGAGAAGGAAUCGGGGAGAGAGCCAGUGAGCGCCUGGGCCUUGGCAGGCGAGGACCUCAGGUGCUAGGGCGAGGCCAGGACCCAGGUCACUGCUGUCCGUGGAGGUUCGUGGAGUUACCCCAACCUAGCUCUUAUGUGGGGGGGAGAGGCGAGGUGGGGAUGACUCGGCAGGUGUGGUCGGGGCGACUGUGGGUAUAGAACUUAGGUGACAGGAAGGGGCAACCUCUGUCUGUUUCGUGUGGGGAGCUCAGCGCUGCCUGCGGGGCUCUUUCCAGCGACUAUGCCCUUCGGCUUUGUCAGGGUGGGAUCCCUUGCCCUCUUCCCCUUCCUGACCGACCUCCUGACCGCCUGUGGGCCUGUGGGCAGCUGUCACAUUAGAGGCAUUCCUGCAUCCUGGGCCCCAGCUGGGUGCAGUUCAGACACCACCUGCUGUCCACCCCUCAGCCAGAGAGACCCACCUCCCCUGGGGUGGGACAGCCCCUCCCCGCUUCUCACCACCCGAGUCUGCAGGUGGUUUCUGCAGACCUGCCCUGGUGGGGUUUAAGGCCUGGUGUCCUCCAGGUGAAAACAGUCUGAAGAGCAGACCCUUGGAGGUGCUGCAAUUUCAAGUGCGUGUGGGGCCUCUGGGACACAGGGCUGCACGCUGGCCGGGCUCCUGCCUUAAUGGACAGGUGAUAAGAGUUUCCGACUAAAUGCUUUAUUUGCAUCGGAUCUGGGCUUAUUCCUAAAGUCGAGGCAGACAAACGUUACCCUUGUUUUUGACUGAUGUGGCCAUUUCCCCAUUGCUUUUUCAAUUAGAGCAAAACCUCAAUCCUCUGCUGCCCUGCUCCUGUGGACUUGGUGGGGCCCGGUCUGCGGGCUGGUGGACCUCUCCCCUCACAUUAUUUGGGGAAUGUGUUUACUUAAAGUACUAGUCCAGUAGAAUUUAUUCUAGUUAGAAGGUCAACAGAUGUCUGUUUAGAUUUUAUGACCAAUCACCAUGGCAGCGCCCACUGCUGGAGUGAGGCCCGCGGAUGUGGCAGCAUUCUGCUGGCUGAGUUUCUGAAGGAACUUGGAAGGUCAAACUGCAUUUCUUUAAAAACGGUUCCAGGGUUCUGGCUUGCUUCUCUGGAUAGCUGGUACUCACAGCUGCUCUGUGGUUGUGCUGUGCUGUGUCAUGGUCUGGGGGUCUUCUGGGGUUCCAGGUGGCCCCUGCUCCAUCCUACUCGGGAACCUCAGAGCCCGCUCCAUACCCUGUGCCCGCUGCAGCUCCCACCUGCUGGGAGGGCUUCACACCUGCCUCCGCCAGGGAUUAGCUGGGCAGUGACCAGGGAGGCCGAGGGGUGCAGGUCUUCCCUGAGCUUCAAAGACCUGAGAGGGGGCGUCUACCCUCUGUUUGCUAAUGGAGGUGCUCUGGGAAGGACCUGAACUGCCCCUCCCUCUGUGUACUGCUUGACCAUCCCUAAAAAGUUCAUCCUAUGGCUUCCUGAAUGUACAUGCCCAGCCCCCCUGAGGUCCCAGGGCUGAGGGGGGAGAGGAGAACCAGGACCCGGCAGGCUCUGCUCCCCACUCUGGACCUGGGUGCUGCCUUCCCCACAACCCCCUUGUUUCUGCUCGGGCCCCAACUGUCUAUCCUUUCAUUGCUGUGCCCAGUCUUGGGGCUCGGAAAUUUGCUGAAGCCUCCUUGGUCCUCAUGGCCAGGCUCAUCCCAACGGUGCUCAUGCUGGCAUUUGAGGCAUCUUGCAUCUGGUCUCCGGACCAGUCCCUGGCUCCGGGAACUGCCUGACUCACAGACGAAACCAUGCUUGUCAGGCUCUCUGGGGCACCCCCACACCUCUGCUCAGGUGAUGCUUAAACGCAGGUGCAGAAAGAGCCUGGAGAGGUUUCUGUCAUGAAUGGAAAAUGGGGUUUCUUGAAAAAUACCCCAUGGUUUGGCCUUGUCAGUAUCAUCUUGAUGUCCAUGCCUUCUGGGCCCCUUGUAGUGUCUGAUCCAACCACAUCACCUUCCAGAUCAGAACCUCAGCUCCAAUGCAGGGAAAAAGAACUUGCUUGAGGUCACAUAAGCAGCUAGUGGCAAAGCUGGGAUUAGAACACACAGCCCAGGGCCCUUUCUUUGGCACCACCUACACGGUUGGUUCAGCAAGGGCUGCAUUUCCUGGGGUCCUGGCUGGGAGGUGUCCACAGUCAGGGGUGCUGGUGGGGCCUCUGACUCUGUUCCUUUCAUCGGGAGGGAUACUGGGAUUUUCAGUGACAGCCCCUGGGUUUGGAUGCAGCUUGGGCAAAGAAAGCAAGGAGAGAAGGCGGUUUCAGUGGCUUGUUCCUGGGUGACGUCGACCCUUCAAUCUGGUGUGCAAGGGGGUGGAGGCCAGGGCAUAGACGCAGUUAUCCAGCCCUUAGUUUCCCCUUUUUCAGUUAAGAAAAGUGUAAAUGAGAAGUCUUUGAUUCUCCCUGGUCCUUAAACAAAGGGGACAGUAAAAAUACAGACUCCAGUGGCGAGGCGGGAUGAGAGCCUGUUUGUUUCUUACCCUGACUGUUCAAGGUGCCAAUGCAAACACUACCUUCCUCCUUCCACUGAGAGUCAGCAGAGGCGGGUUUGUCGUGGGGGGGAGUGGGCAGGGUUCCAGCAGAGCCUAGGGCUGCGGGCGGCUGGCAGGGACCUGGCCAUGCAGCUGUACUCAGGACCACUCAGCUCCUCUCCCAGCCUGUGGCUGCCCCUUUCUCGAGGGCCAAGGGUGGGAGGCAGUGGAGUUUGCCUAGGUUGUCCCCGGCUGGGGGCUGGGUGGGGCAUUCUUCUGCAAACUCUGAUAUCUGUUUUACCACUAGCUCCUUGUCCUACCCACCCCAUGUCUCCCUCCUUUUAGCUGGGCCAUGUGCCCCUUUGGUGGGAAGGAGACAACCCCACUAGGGCCAGGGACAGGGGAGCCCUGCCUAGAGCAAGGCUGCUGGGGCAGUGGCUCUGUUCUGUGCCUUACCUGCCCUGGGGAGAGGGUGCAUGGCUGGACGACUGGAAUUUAAAUGCUGUUGUCUUUGAUUCUGUGACGUUUCCGCUUGGAAGGGUCAGUCCCCCGUUCCUGCUCCUUAGCAUGUGUGCCCACUCUCCCCUGUCAUGGCGUUCCCCUUCCGCACUCCAGCCGGGGAAUGCUGACGUGGCAGCGUGCAGAGAUCCCUCGUUGUGACUGAACCUUAGAGCUGCAGCUUGGAGAUGCUGAUCACGUGGUGAUGACUUUCCUUCCUCUCCUCUUCGAGGGGAGGGAUUCGUAGACCCUGACUGCCUAUGUAAUGUAAAUAGUGUACAUUUAAUUUAUUGCUAUGGUAGCACAUUGUAUUUGUUAAUGUAUAAAACAAAUUCUAAAAGGUUGAGAAAUGUAUAUUUUGUUGCUUAAAUGUGUCUUUGCAGAAAUUGACAAUAAAUAACAUAUUUUGUGUCCA